CUUGGUUUUAUUUCAUUUUAAGUUUAAGAUCUGUUGUUUCUUUGGAGGAGAACAAGGUGUGCUAGCAGUUACAGCAGCCAACUGGGUUGGCCUGAGAGGAGACGGCCUGAAAAGCAGAGGUAGCCUCACAGGUCAAGGUGCCAGGAUGUUGGUUAUUUUCUUAAAAACCAACCAACCAACCAAAAACCACAAUUCAGACUGUUCUACAGCAGUCUGUCUUCCUGUGGUUCUUAUAGGCUAGCUUAAAUCUUGGGUAGAGAGAUGCUUAUCACAUGUGCUAUAUAUCUUUCUUUUUCCAGAGGGAUAGCAAGAAUAUUUGAAAUAAGUCCAUUUGAGCCCUGGACAACGAGGGAUAAGGUGGAGCGGAUUCACAUCACAGACAUGAAAUUUCCUAAGCUGCCCGGCUUAAAAGACCUCGGUAUUCAGCCAACACCACUGGAACUCAAGGCCAUUGAGGUGCUGCGGAUACAUCGCGCUUACCGCUGGCUGACUGCUGAAAUUGAGGAUGCGAAGCCGGCCAAGACCGUCAACUUUUAGUGCCCCUCAAGCAGCUCUUGGUUUUGAUGUCUUUUGGGUCAGCCAAUGUGGUUGAGCACCCAGCCAGGUGGUCUCUUUAAAGAAUCCUGUACACAGUCAAUAAGGUCGUACUAUUAAAACAUUUGAGGUUGAAUUCUGCGGUAUUUUCUUUCUUGAUUUAUAAAAUGAGAAAUGCAGUCAUUUCAAACUUGAGCAUAAUUUUUUGUUAAACAUACAUAUUUAAUAAUGACAUAUAUAUUAUUUAUUCUCUGAAAUGCCAGAGAGCUUGAAUUUUCCUUUGACAAGCCACUUCUAGCAUAUGUUCUGGAAGACAAGGACCCUUUUUAAUGUUAAAAUAUCGUAAAGACCCCAAGUGAUAUGUGAUUGUUUUUAAAUCUUUAUUAAAUUAGAGAAUAUACAAUAUCC